AUGGUAACCAUUAGAGCCGACGAAAUUAGUAAUAUUAUCCGUGAACGUAUUGAGCAAUAUAAUAGAGAAGUAACGAUUGUAAAUACCGGUACCGUACUUCAAGUGGGCGAUGGCAUCGCUCGUAUUUAUGGUCUUGAUGAAGUAAUGGCAGGUGAAUUAGUAGAAUUUGAAGAGGGUACUCUAGGUAUUGCCCUUAAUUUAGAAUCAAAUAAUGUUGGUGUUGUAUUAAUGGGUGACGGUUUGAUGAUCCAAGAAGGAAGUUCAGUCAAAGCUACGGGAAAAAUUGCUCAGAUACCGGUGAGUGAGGCUUAUUUGGGGCAUGUUAUAAACGCCUUGGCUAACCCUAUUGAUGGUCGAGGACUUAUUGCUAUUGAUUCCAUGAUCCCUAUAGGACGCGGACAGCGAGAAUUAAUUAUUGGUGACAGACAGACUGCUUCUUCCGUGGCUCAGGUACUGACUAGUUUACAGGAACGAGGGGCAAUGGAAUACACUAUUGUGGUAGCUGAAGCCGCUGAUUCCCCAGCUACGUUACAAUAUCUCGCUCCUUAUACAGGAGCAGCCUUGACUGAAUAUUUUAUGUACCGUGAACAACACAUUUUAAUCAUUUAUGAUGAUCUUUCCAAACAAGCACAAGCUUUCGACAAAUGUCUCUUCUAUUACGAAGACCGCCGGGUCGUGAAGCUUAUCUGGGAGAUGUUUUUUAUUUACAUUCACGUCUUUUAG